AUGGCCGACGCCGCCGCCGACGAGGCGCUGGCCCGUAUGGGCUACAAGAGCGAAUUGCCUCGAAACUUAAGCAUGCUUAGUAUCCUGGGCCUAUCCUUUGCAAUCAUGGCCGCGCCCUAUGGCCUGAGCACCACCCUCUAUAUCACCCUCGACGACGGCCUCUCUGUGACAAUCAUCUGGGGCUGGGUCUUCGUGACUCUCAUCUCCAUCGCAAUUGCAGCCUCUCUCGCGGAAAUUUGCGCCGUCUAUCCCACCGCUGGCGGUGUUUAUUACUGGAGCGCGAUGCUUUCUACGCGUCGCUGGGCCCCGCUCAUGUCCUUUAUCGAUGGCUGGUUGACCCUCGUCGGCAAUUGGACCGUGACACUGAGUAUUAUCUUUGGUGGUGCACAAUUGAUUCUGAGCGCCAUCUCGCUCUGGAAUGAGACCUUUGUCGCGAAUGCUUGGCAGACGGUCCUGUGCUUCUGGGCUGUGACGCUGGUCUGCACGCUUGUGAAUGUCUUUGGGUCGCGCUGGCUCGACCUCAUUAAUAAAAUUUGCAUUUUUUGGACCGCUGCGAGCGUCAUUAUCAUCUUGGUCACGCUUCUCACCAUGGCGGACCACCGACGCAGUGGCGAGUUCGUCUUUGCCGAGUACGAUUCUUCGCAGAGUGGUUGGCCUGCUGGUUGGGCCUUCUUCGUUGGCUUGCUGCAGGCGGCGUACACGCUCACGGGCUACGGAAUGGUUGCGUCCAUGUGUGAGGAGGUGCAGAACCCGCAUCGUGAGGUGCCCAAGGCUAUCGUGCUCUCUGUGGUCGCCGCGGGCAUUACGGGUCUUCUCUAUUUGAUCCCCAUUUUAUUUGUCCUGCCCAACGUGCAGAUGCUGCGCGACGUGGCGAGCGGACAGCCGAUCGGACUGCUUUUCAAGACUGUGACGGGUUCCGCGGGCGGUGGCUUUGGUUUGCUUUUCUUGAUUCUGGGAAUCAUGAUGUUCGCGGGCAUUGGGUCCCUGACUGCCGCCAGUCGCUGCACCUAUGCCUUCGCGCGUGAUGGAGCGAUUCCUGGUUUCACGCUCUGGCGCCGGGUAAACAAGAGAUUAGAUGUGCCCGUGUGGUCAAUCAUUCUGUCGUCUACGGUGAUUUCUCUCCUGGGUUUGAUCUACUUUGGUUCCACGGCGGCUUUCAACUCUUUCACUGGUGUGGCGACCAUUUGCCUUUCCACUUCGUACGGCCUACCUAUUUUGAUCUCCAUGAUCCGGGGCCGCAAGGAUGUUGCUCAGUCUACUUUCUCCCUUGGCAAGUUCGGGUUCGUGAUCAAUGCCAUUACAAUUGCUUGGAUUGUGCUCGCUGUUGUUCUCUUCUGCAUGCCUUACACACUGCCUGUUACGGCCUCGGGGAUGAACUAUGCGAGUGUUGUGUUUGCUGGAUUCGCCGGCAUCAGCAUCAUCUGGUACUUCGCGUAUGCGCGCAAGCACUUCACCGGCCCUCCGGUCAGCAAGGAGGAGGUGUCUGCGGUGGCGGGCGUCAUGACAGGCAGCGCGGUCGACUCCGAGAACGCGAUCCCCGGAAUAGUAGAGUGCAAGAAGUCGUCAAGCCUGUAA